UAUUUCCAUAAAGUGUUACAGGUGCCCUUCCUUCACGGUCACAACCUGAACAAAAGUCUAUUUGUGAUUUUAUGUUUAUGAUUUCUUUAAAAAUAUGAAUCAGAUGAAAUUACCAGGAAAGGUCGGGCAGAACAGAGUAAUCUUUCUCCUAUUCGAGAGGAACCAGUGGAGCAACCCUAUUCAGUCAGUCCUUUCGGAAUAAGAAGGACACUUCCAGUAAAUCCUGAGGACAGACCAAUAAGACCUGCAGUGGGAGAGAGACGAAAAACAUUUGAAGAUUUUCUUGAGGAGCAGGUCAGAGUGGAUGAAACCUCUUUGUCAGAGGCAAAUCAGGUUGGAGAAAAUAACAACACCAACAAUAGUAUCCAUAUCUGCUCUGAAUGUCUGUUUUAACAUUUUCUCUCUUUUGGACAGACCAAUACAAAUAUCCAUGUGCGUAACAAAAAGUUCUUCUUGAGAAAAGGGUUUGGCAAGUCCCGCAUUGGCAAGAGUAAAUUCAGUAUUCCAGACUCCCUACGUCAUACUGAGCAGCCAAGGUUUACCAAGAAACUGCAACGCCUAACGACUUUCUCCAACGAAUUUAGCGUGAAGAUGAGCAUGCCUGAAUACGCUCCAGUGACACGGAAAUUCAGUGGGGGUAUAGAAGAUUCACGGGAGAGUACUGAUGCUCAAAAUAUGGGGCAAAUAUCAACAGAUAAGAAUGAAACAACUAAAUGGGAAGAUGUUGAGAAAUGUGUCAAUGCUGCUACCGGACACAUUGACUCCACUUUAGAGGGCAACAAAUGUCCAGUAUCCCGAUGUCAGACUUCAAUGAAUCACGGCCCUGCAUCGCAUGCAGCUAAAAAUGAAAAACACACUCAUGAUCAUGUCCAAUACAACAACUCAAGGAGAAACAGCCUCCGUCAGACUUCCACAACCUCAAAUGGAAGAGCCGCAACCGGGAUCACAGCACAGACCGCAGGGGAUGCUGUCUUUAAAAAGAUAAAUGAUCAUAUUGUGCGAGUGUGCCAGAGAGCUCCUCAUUGCAUAGAGAGUGAAUCUGAUAGAAGCCAGUGCGGUGCCAAGCCAGAUGAGUCAGACAUGCUUAGCCUAGCCACAGAGCUCAUGCAGUCUCUGCACACCGGCACCUCCAGUGAGAGCAGCAGCGAGGAAGACCCUGAGUCACAAUGUCACAGGUACCCCAUGACUCCCACCCCAUCUGCUUUUUGUCAGAAGGACCAGAACCUUGACCUAUCAGAUGGCGACUACGCCAGCGAUGCCCCUAGCGAGACUGGGGCUUGUCCAACUGCACAACCCCGGACAUCCCCCGCCAACGACCCUCGACUCUCCAGCUCUAGUGAGGCCAGUGACUCAGAACUGAAGCGCUUGAACUUCAACAGGACCAGCACGUCAAAGAAUCAAGCAGAGUUCAAAUCGGCGUCUGCUUCACAACUGCUCGCCAGCAUUUUCCCCAAGAUUAAGCCUGCUGACAACAGAACAUUCAAUGACAAACAGAAGGAGAAAUUCUUGAGCUCAAAGGACAAUAGGUGUGGUGAUCGGGCACCAGUACGAACCCAGAGAGAUCUCAUUCAAGCUUUUAGGGUUGAAGUGAAGCAUGACACAUUGUUGGAUGAAUUGAAAAACAAACAGGACAAGGCCAUGCAGUUUCUCAGAGAUGGCAGUAGAAAUCCAGAAAAGUCCACAAGGGGAGAAAUGGAUCAUGGUGUUGCCCAGCUCCAACAGCAGGUGGUGGCUAUGCAGGAGCAGCUCCAGCAGAAGGAGAGGGAGUGGUCAGAGGCUCACGGGCAGCUGCAGAGCAGUGUGAACUCCUUGAUAAGGGACAACCAGGAGCUGAGAGGCAAGCUCACCUUUACCGGUCCUGCCUCUCAAACGUCUCCCCACCUGAACCAGCCUGUUGUAAAUGCUAACAAACAGCAAACGUCCUCCAAGCUAAUGAGUGCGGGACUUCACCCAAGAAGUCCUACUCCUGCUUUUAAUAAGCCCUCUGACCAUCACAAAGCAGCUCCAUCAAGGAUGUUGGUGUCAAAUCACACCUUUCAUGCUAGUGUCCAGAGAACCAAAGGGCAAAGACCCAGCACACCCUUCAGAAUGUCCUCCGCAAAGUCAAGAAGUCCUGAGGGUAAACAGAGCCUGGACACACCCCACUCCAGGUCACAGAAUAAUGGCAGAAAGGUAUCAUGGAUGUCUGAAGACAGCCACGGGAAGCUUUGGGAUUGCCCAGAUAGGAGCUGCACCCCCGUGAGCAGACAGACACCACUGCUCAGCCAGACAUCCUCCUCUGGUUCUGAUCACAUGGACAACAGUAACCCAUCAGCACCGCAGGACAUGAAGGACAACGUGAGACAGGAAGUACACUACCCAGAUGGAAAGGUUGAAAAAAUUCUUUCCUCUGGUUGCCGUGUUGUUAUAUAUCGGAAUGGUACCAAAAAAGAAAUAUCCACAGAUGAGAAGUCAGUGACGAUAACAUUCUUCAAUGGUGAUGUCAAACAAAUACUACCUGAUGGUAAAGUGGUGUACUACUAUCAUGAUGCUCAGGCAACACAUACCAUAUUCCCCUCUGGCCUUGAAGUCCUGCACUUUGCAAAUAAUCAAACAGAGGAACAUCAUCCUGAUGGUAGCAGACAGAUCAUUUUCCCUGAUGGCACUAUCAAGCACAUUUUCGCUGAUGGGCGAGAGGAAAGCACCUUUCCAGAUGGGACUGUGGUUAAGUUAACAGAGAAUGGGGAAAAGUCUGUGGACUUUACGAAUGGACAGCGUGAGAUUCAUACUUCACUAUACAAGAGGAGAGAGUACCCAGAGGGAGCUGUGAAGACAGUGUAUUGGAAUGGAACACAAGAGACAACAUACUCAUCAGGGAAAGUCCGCAUCAGGAACAAUGUGAUAGAUAGGGUUUAAAAUGAGCAUUAACUGUUUGACUAUUGUUUAAUUUGUUUGAUCGAACUGUUUAUGCCUUAUUUGAUGCCACCACUUCUGUAUAAAUAAUACACAGUGUAGUGUCUGUUUAUGCCUUAUUUGAUGCCACCACUUCUGUAUAAAUGGACACAGCUAAUACACAGUGUAGUGUUUAUCAGUAUGAUUCAUCAGGGCUCUCAAGUUUUGAAGACAGGCAAGAGUGA